ACCAAGUAGUUUUCAGGGCGCAUUCCCCGGCAGCGAUGUGGAGGGAAAGGGCGACCACGUUCAGCUGAAAAAAAAGAAAGAAAGAAAAGAAUCUAUCCUACGCAUCGGCUUUUUGUUUCUCUUUUUUAUUUUUAAAUAGCUUCUUUUUUAUAUAUAUUAUAUGUACGAGCUUUGAGUUUGUUCGGGGAAAACGUACAAGGCGUCGGUUUCAACUUCUGGGAAGAAAGCAAGCGAGUCAGAAGUGAAGACGGCUGCAGCUUUUUUUCGCCCCCUUUAUUUAUUUUUUCCCCACUCAAGCCAUUGUUUGGAUGUCAGCAGAUGAGAUCGGACGUGUUCCUUCUUUCUUGAACAACAUCUCCGUUCUUGGGAUCUGUUGAGUCCGGAGCACAGAGUCCAUAUUCCUCUGCAGCACAACAAGGAGACGCACACACACACACACAUACACGCACACACACACGGGGGCCACAAGUUGUCCACAAGCUGCGGAGAGGAGGCGAAACUUUGCCAAGUCGCUGCGCAUCCGGCCGCCGACGCCAAAUAUUGAUCGAUAUUGUCUACCGGCGCCCGUGUUGCAACUCCAACUGUGGAUUAUUGUUUUCGCAAGACUCGCCAUGGACCACGGGACCGCGUUCAGGGGAUGAGAAGGGAGUUUUGAAACAUGAACAGUUCCUUGUAGUUUGGCUGCAGUGCUCCAGUGGCUCGUUUGGACUACACAUAUCUGACAGAGAGCGCGCGCGCGCGCGAGAGAGAGAGAGAGAGAAGUAAAUAGUUGUUGCGGACUGUUUCUUUCGUUUCCCCCUCCCUGAUUAAACACAUCCACUGGUGUGCCAAAAUGCCACAGCUGAACGGAGGCGGUGGGGAUGACUUGGGGGCCAACGAUGAAAUGAUAUCUUUCAAAGACGAGGGCGAGCAGGAGGAGAAGAUAUCCGAGAACGUGUCUGCGGACAGGGAUUUGGAUGAUGUGAAAUCCUCCUUGGUGAACGAGUCGGAAAACAACAGCAGCUCCUCGGACUCGGAGCAAGCAGAGAGGCGCCCCCAAACCAGAGCCGACUCAGAAAGUUAUGAGAAAACAAGAGACUACUUCAGCGAAGCUCUGAGGAGACAGCAAGAUGGUGGCUUUUUCAAGAGUCCUCACUAUCCCGGCUACCCGUUCCUCAUGAUCCCAGACCUCACCAACCCCUACCUAUCCAACGGUGCCCUGUCCCCCAGCGCGAGAACAUACCUGCAGAUGAAAUGGCCUCUUUUGGAUGUUCCCGGAUCCGCAGGACUAAAAGACUCCCGCUCUCCAACACCAGGACAUUUAUCCAACAAAGUCCCAGUGGUGCAGCAUGCCCACCAUGUCCACCCACUGACGCCCCUCAUCACCUACAGCAAUGAACACUUCUCCCCCGGCACGCCGCCGUCACACCUCUCUCCGGAGAUCCUCGACCCAAAGACAGGUAUUCCCCGAACACCUCACCCAUCAGAGCUCUCUCCAUACUACCCCCUGUCUCCUGGUGCCGUGGGUUCAAUCGCGCACCCCCUGGGCUGGCUCAUGCAGCAGCAGGGCCAGCACAUGUACUCCAUCCCUCCGGGGGGAUUCCGUCACCCCUACCCGGCGCUAGCGAUGAAUGCAUCCAUGUCCAGCUUGGUGUCCAGCCGUUUCUCCCCUCACAUGGUGACCCCGCCUCCGCACGGCCUCCACCAGACCGGCAUUCCCCAUCCUGCCAUCGUCUCCCCGGCCAUCAAGCAGGAGCCCUGCGGUGACAUCAGCCCCUCGAUGCAUGCCAGGAAAUCCCCUGUCCCUUCCAAGAAAGAGGAGGAUAAGAAGCCUCAUAUCAAGAAGCCCCUGAAUGCUUUCAUGCUGUAUAUGAAGGAGAUGAGAGCCAAAGUAGUGGCAGAGUGCACUCUGAAAGAGAGCGCUGCCAUCAACCAGAUCCUUGGAAGACGGUGGCAUUCCCUGUCAAGAGAGGAACAAGCCAAAUAUUAUGAGCUGGCCAGAAAGGAGAGGCAACUCCACUCCCAGCUCUAUCCAGGAUGGUCAGCGCGGGAUAACUAUGGAAAGAGGAAAAAGAGGAAGAGAGAGAAUAAACCAGACUCAAAACCAGAAGAUUUCUCGAUAAGGAGCAAGAAGCAGUGUGUGCAGUACCUGCCCUCGGAGAAGAUGUGCGACAGCCCGGCGUCGUCCCACGGCAGCAUGUUGGACUCGCCAGCCACUCCCUCCGCAGCCUUGGCCUCCCCAGCAGCUCCUGCCGCCACUCACUCUGAGCAGGCCCAGCCGCUCUCGCUCACCACCAAACCGGAGGGACGCAUGCACCACCACUUCCCCUUACCUGGAAAGGCUUCUGGAUCUGCAUCCUCUUCAUCCUCCUCCUCCUCAUCUUCCUCCUCAUCCCAUCCCCACAUUUCCAUCCCGAUGGGCUCUUCAGGUAGCCAUUCGACCACACCCAUCCUCUCUCGGCCAAUCCCCUUCACCUCUCUGCAUCACUCCAUGCUCUCCCCUCCUUCCCCCUUCCAUCAGGCAGCCCUUCACUCCCACCAUGCCCUGUUCCAGUCGCAGCCCCUGUCCUUGGUAACCAAACCAACUGAAUAAGUCCGCAAAGGCAAUUUUUCUCCCAUUUAUUGUGCUGUAUAUUGCUUUUCUUUAAAAUAGAUAUUAGAACAACUUUUUUUCUAAAUGAUGAAAAGGAAGAAAUAUUAUUGGUCAAUAUUUGACUGUCUCCUUUUCUACACCUCUCAAUGAUACAAAAUGUAUUUUUUUGUAAAGUUUACUGCAGAACAGGUUUCUUUUUGAUGCAUUUAUCCAAUGAACCUCUUGUAUAAAAGAACCAAUGUACAUAAAGUUUCUUUAUAAAAACAAAAAGGAACAAAAACAUGUUUUCUUUUUAGCCAAAACCUGAUUAAUGUUAGUAUUGAGUUUUAAGUCAUAGUACUGGCCAAUAAUUGCUGCCCCCUUUUCAAUUCACGAGCGUGUGCCCCCUCUUUGACAUGUUAAAUAAACAUUUGAACUUGUUUCGUAAAAGAAA